CUUUUUGCAACUAUACUUUCAUUGGAUAAAAUAAAAGGAUUUUAUGUGAAAUUUUACAAUAUGAUAAAUAAUUUCAUGGUGGUAUUAUUCAUUUAUCAAUUUAUAAUAAAUUAAAAAGGCAAUAAUCUAAACAUAUCUAUUUGGAGUUUUGUUAACAUUGGAUUAAUAUUAUAAAAGUAAAGCUCAAUUCGCGGUCAAGUUUAAAUAGAGGGCACCACUGUCUAGGAUGUGGAUUGAUGGUUUGGUAGAGCUCACUGUCAAAAAACUGUAACAGGUUAUUUUCUCUGUUCAUUGACAGAAGGCCAAACUGUCUAUGGAUUCGAAUGUGAAUGAAGUAUUAUAUGAAAUAAAUACUCCAUUAUCCACAGUGCAACGUGUUCAUUGUUGUGUCAACAUUAGAUAUAAAAUUGUCUAGAAUUGACACAAAAAGACUACAGUUUGUAUCUUAUCCAAUUUUUAAAUAUUACCAGUCUACAUUCAGAUCUUACACAAAGUACCAAAAGUACACUGCUUACGUUUAAACUUUCAACUGAUAUCAAGACAUUAAGAUUAACGGAUAAGAUACAAUGGGUUCUCAGGUCCAUGAAUUCGAUGUUGAAAUGACUUGUGAGGGCUGUUCGAAUGCAGUUGAAAGAGUUUUAGGAAAAAAAACUGGUAUUGAUAAUAUUAAAAUUGAUCUCCCAAAUAAAAAAGUAUUUGUCACAUCAUCAUUACCGAAAGAAGAAAUUUUAGAAACUCUAAAGAAAACUGGAAAAAAUGUAUCUUAUAUUGGAACACAAGGUUAAUUAAAAAAGUGAAAUAUUUAUAAAAGAUAAUAUAUAUCUGAUCAAUGUUGUUCGUUUUUUUUAUCAGCUAUCUUGUAAUUAAUAUUAAGAAUUUUGUCUUUUAUAAAUAUGUUU